UGCGCCUCGUCGGGAUUGGUCAAAAGGCUAAAAGACAUAUACAUGAUAUUAUCAUAUAUAAUAUAUUAUAUAGUGAGACACACUGCAGCGGCCGAUACGCAGAAAACUUAUCCGACCGGGUAUCCCUAACUUUAGCGGGGCCCGCAGGGCUGCUGCUCCCACCGCCUCCGGCAAUCCGACACCAGCAAAGUAGUGUCCCCGCAUCCCCGUCGUCUUCGCCGUCACGCGCCGUCACCUCUCUCUUCCUUUGCCUCCCCCCACCGCUACUUCUACGUGGCUGGCGAAGAAAAAGGAGUCAAGCAAGCCAACAGUGGACGCCGCAGCCUCUCUAUUUAACGCCGUCCGAGUCACCACCACCUUCCCACUGGUCGUCAGAGCAACGAGGAGAAGAUUCACCUGAAUCUUUCCUUUGCAGCAGCAGCGGUGGAGAGUUGGUGCGUGGUGUCGGAAUGCAGCCUGUUGCGACCGGUGAGAUGGUGCAUGAGACGAGGACGGCGGGGGAGACGCGAGCCGUGCGGAGCCACAGCGAGGCGGAGCGGCGGCGGAGGCAGCGGAUCAACGGCCACCUCGCCACUCUCAGGAGCCUGCUCCCCGCGGCCACCAGGGUAAGUUGCAUGUGUGCGUUCGUGCAUGCUUCUACUUGCUUCAUGGAGUCGCGGUUUGACUGCUGGUUAUGGAAUGCGUGGGUGCAGUUGGAUAAGGCGGCGCUGCUCGGGGAGGUGGUGAGGCAGGUGCGGGAGCUGAGGGUGAGGGUGGAGGAGGUGGCGGUGAUGGUGCCCGGGGAGGGGGACGAGGUCGGGGUGGAGGAGGAGGAGGAGGAGGGGGGAGGAGGAGGGGGAGGCAGGGGGAGGGUGGUCCGGGCGUGGGUGUGCUGCGCGGACCGGCCCGGUCUAAUGGGGGAACUGAGCCGGGCGGUCCGCUCGGUCCCGGCGAGGGCGGUCCGGGCGGAGAUGGUCACGGUAGGCGGGCGGACGCGGAGCCUCCUGGAGUUGGAGGUCAGCGAGGCGGCGGAGAGAGGGGAGGGCCGGUCAGCGCUGCAGGCGGCGCUCUGGGCGGUGCUGCUCACGAACAGGACCGCUCCGGCCGAGAACUACAGUAAGAGGGCUCGCACCUCGACCCGGUUUAGCAAGACAUAGUUUCCAUAUAUUACGAAAAUGUCCUUCACGUCUCCCUCCUGCUUCCCGUAAACACAGUACAAUCUGUCGCUUUAUGUU